UUCCUUUAUGUCGGCGACGUUUCCACUUUCCCCCCGGACUCGAAAACGAAACUGUUACCGCGCAGUUUCACUUUCAACUUUACACCACUCUGGAAACGUGACGACCGAGCAGAUCCUCUCAAACAAUAGUUGCUCCUACAGGCAGGGGGGCUGUUGUUAGACACGGGCUCUUGGGCUUGACUGAGCUGCUGGAGCCGUUCCACAGCUAAUGGUAUUUAUGCAACCCACUAUCAUUUGCACACCCAUAUACGAAUGAAUUCCCCGUUUCAAUUCUCAACACGCAUUUACUAUUUUUGCACAGCUGGGCAAUUCCAUCAAUUCGUGUUAGGCCCUUUGUGUCUGCAGCUGCACAGGCAAGUGUUCACAGGAUCAUGCCCCAGGAGAACAACCUUAAUCUUUUCACUCUACUUUCUUCACUGUUCUUAAAAGCCCAAUAACUUUUUACUUCCACUGCAAUAAAACAUUUCAUGGUGUGUUUAUGAGGGUCUAUUGCAAAACCACAUUGCACACAGUUGCAUGCAGAUUAGUAUAAAGACAAAACUCUAUAUUCCUAUAGUUCUCUCUUGAAGCCUCAAGAGCAGUCUGCCUUACACCACAUCUCUGCUUUUUGCCUUCUGCUCACCAGAUAACCAGAGCACUAAGUCUACCAGAACAGUUAGUCUACCAGACUGUGGCUACGGAUACAGUUACUAUAGUAACAUUUAUAAACACCAAUGUCACUACAAAUGCAGUGUUGCCUGUUAUCAUGGAAAAGCAGCUUAAAAAGAAAACACACUUAAACUGCAGAUAGUUACUCCUGAAGUACGAGAUUUGAUUAAAGAGAGAUAUCGAUGCAACUGGCCUGCACAAAAUUAGUAGGUAUUUUUUCAUCUUUAACUCUUAAUUUUUAAUAUGCACCUGCUCCACUAUCUUGUCUGGAAAGUGAGGAUUAUGUACAGAAAACCUGAUGAGAAACUACUUCAUACCUGCAGUAUUAACAGCAUGAAGGCACAGAGUAUCAGGUCACAAUGAGGAAACAGAAAACUGACUGAGACCUUAGGAGGUGUAAGAAUGACAUGGGAGGAAAAAUCACAGGACAAAGCAAGACCACCCAAUGAUGAACUCUGCAGAAAUGAGAAAGAUCAUCUGGAGAAGAUCAUGAUGGCAUCUGAGAAUGCAGAUGCCACAGGCAUUUCAAUUCUCUGCUCAGUGUGUCAACAAGCAAUAUAUCCACACCAUUUUUUUAAUCACAAAAAAACCCACAAAGCUCUAACUUCGUUGGGCUAUGAUAGCUCGCAAACAAGGGUGGAUGAUAAAACACUUUUAGCUCGGAGACAGAAGCUAAUUUCAAAAGUGACCGACCUUCCUAAGAAUUCUGAAAGACAUCGGCAGAAGAUCAAUACUUCAUUUGAAUUUCUUAUGGAUGGUCAUGCUUCUACAUCAUGUUGUGAUCAUGACAAUACAAGCAGUGUUAACAAGGAAGUAAAAAAUUCAUCAAUAAAAGCAUUAUCAAUUAGUCAAGAUAAAAAUUCCAUGUGGCAGAGAGACAUGGAAGACAGAUUUUUUGUAGUGGACAACUAUGGAAGUAGGUCAGAUAAAUGUUUUCUGGGACUUAUUGAUGGGCACCAUGGCAUGACAGCUGCAGAAACAGUUGCAACAGAGCUUCCACUUUUAUUUCUUGACCAGCUUGCUCAAACAGAUCCCUCCUACAAAAUGACCAAGGAGGAAAGGCAAAUUCUAGACUCUUUUGCCACAGUAAUCACAGAAGACUACAAGGAAAAAGAGAGGAUUUUCUCUGACAGACAGGAGAACAAGAUCCAUAAGACAAAUACUUAUGAAUGGAUUCACAGAGCAUACAACAAGGCCUUCUGGAGAAUGGACAGACUUUUGCAGCUGGGAAGAAAUGAGGUUUCCAGAGUUCGAUGGAGUGGCUGUUCAGCCGUAACCUGUUUGAUGGAAAGACUCCCCAGUGAAAAUACGGAUGACACUGAACACUUUGAAAACAGUUUGCAAAGUUCACUAACUAGGACAACUGAGGAUGUUGCCGGGCUCCUGCACAUUGCUAACAUAGGUAACAUACAUGCAGUUUUAUGUAAAAAUGGCAAGAGUUAUCGCCUCUCAGAAGAGCACAGCACUUCUAAUGUAAGGGAGAAAAAACGCAUACUUCAGAACGGUGGAAACAUCAGCACUAAUGAACCAGAUGGAUUAGUAGAGGGUCAUCUUAGAACUACAAGAGGCCUUGGAUAUCAUGGAGAUCCCGCACUAAAAGGAUCCGUUAUACCCGUACCUCAUAGCAUCUCUGUCCCAAUUGAUGAUUCUUGUCAAUUCCUUAUUUUAGCUUCUAACGGGCUUUGGGAGGUUUUGGAUUACAAUGAAGUAUGUGCAUUAACACUAACAACAUUCACUCAUUAUCUGAGAACGUAUGAAUGUAUUCAACAAAAUGGGGCUUCUCUGUAUAACUGCCAGUAUUUGAUACCCCUCUCUGAAGAGGAAUUAAGUGACUCAAAGGCUACGAAUUAUCAGCAAGUAGGAACGGAGAUGCAGGACUCCAAUAAGGAGAUUUUUCUCCCUGACUCAAAAAGCAGCCUUAUGCACGGAAAGCCAAGAUGUUCUAGGAUGAGCUAUUUGCAAAGUGAAAACAGAGUUGUUCCUAAGGAAACCGAUGACCACAAAAAUCAAGCUGAUCCAGAACUGACACUUUUCAGUAAUGAUGAGAUAGUUCCAGAGAAAAGAGGGAUAAAACAAUCUGAUUCUAGCACACAAGUCAGCUCUGAAGAAAUGAAACAGUCAGAGGACAGAAAAGUUUAUCUACGUAACAGUUCUCAGCCACAUUUACAAACCACAGCACCAGAAGAAACAGACAUUAUCCAUGCACCUAGUCCAAGUUACAUCCAUAAACAGCUGCCAAAUAAACUGACAGUAAGGUCUAAAGACAUGAAACAGACUCAAAAUUGUACCAAAGCAUAUCUAUCUAUUUAUGACUCAGAUCCACAACUGGCUGAAAAAACAAAUUCUAAGAUAUCACAUGACAAGCCUCUAGGUUAUACUGGCCACCAACUGCUGAAGACUGCAUUGCCAGUGGAUUUUACACCUACACAUUUUGAAGAGGACACAAAAACAUACCUGACCAGUUGUGAAUCACAAAUUGCAGGAAAAGGUGGGGUUACUUCCAAGGCACUCUAUGACAAUGCAGCAAGCUACAUCAGUGAACAACUGGUAAAGGCUGCAUUACGUGCAGGUUCAAGAGAUAAUAUUACUAUUUUGAUUGUACUUCUAAACGGAUGUGAUAAGUUACCCAACUAACUCAACAUUUAAAAGGCAUCACAUGACAAGUGGAGUUCCACAGAACACAUAACACAAGCUUAUAUUUAGCUAUGUCAUGAAGUUACCUGCAAUCACCUUAAAUGCUGACCCAUAUAGCAAAUCAGACAUGCUCUCAAACUGUUCAAAUGAAAUAAAUACUUCUGAAACUCACAGUAAGAAACAGUAAUCACAAACUUUUUUUUUUAACCACUUUAUUCAAACCUGAGCACCUCAAUAUAAAACUAAACACUGGUGAACUGUCAUUUGCCUUGCUAAACCCAGAU